UGCUCGUCGGUCUUCUUCCUACCUACGGACAGCCGGUCUCACCUUGUUGCUCUCGUUUUUUUCUUGAUGUUUCCUUGAGGCGAGUCUGUGGCUGCUGUCACCACCAAAAUGUUACUAUCUAGGAUUGCCAAGACUGCAUUCAGCCAGUCGUCUCAGGCCGCCAGAAUAGCCGCCGGAAACCACCACAUGGGGCUGCUCCGCAAGGGCUUUCCCGCUGCUCCAACCUACCACACUUGGCUUCGGGACGUUAUCGCCAGCGGUAACGGCGACCGUUCGUCUCUGCUCCGCCCGGCUGAUGUCUUCAGAGUCAACAGCAGAGGAAUCGGCCACACCCCGCAUUUCCAAUAUCCUUCCGCCGAAGCAGUUCAGGAUGAUUUGUACUCGGGGGCUGAUGACGCAAGGGUCCCAGGAUUGGAGCCUACGAAAGCCGGCGAGAAACCGAGGGUGGUGGUUCUUGGCACUGGAUGGGCUGGCUGCCGCUUCCUUAAAGGACUGGACACGAAGCUCUAUGACAUCGUGUGCAUAUCUCCGAGGAACCAUAUGGUUUUCACUCCCCUGCUUGCUUCCACCUGCGUUGGGACCCUGGAAUUCCGCUCCGUAGCUGAGCCUGUCAGCCGGAUCCAGUCUGCUCUCUCCGGAGCCCCUAAUUCCUACUUCUACCUGGCGUCUUGUACAGGAAUCGACACCCACAAGCAUCAAGUGUGCUGUGAAUCCGUUUCAAGCGCUGGCCUACCUGAUGAGCCGUACCACUUCAAGGUUGCUUACGACAAGCUGGUCAUUGCGGCUGGUGCGGAUCCUCUAACUUUCAAUAUCAGAGGAGUAAAAGAACACGCGAUGUUUCUCCGUGAAGUACAACAUGCUCAAGAAAUACGAAGAAAGCUUCUUUUGAACCUCAUGCUCUCGGAAGCUCCAGGCAUAUCAGAAGAAGAGAAGAAGCGGCUCCUACACUGUGUUGUCAUCGGAGGAGGCCCUACCGGAGUAGAGUUCAGCGGGGAGCUGAGUGACUUCAUCAUGAGAGAUGUCCGCCAAAGGUUUUCUCACGCGAAGGAUUAUAUUCAAGUUACUCUUAUAGAGGCAAGUGAAAUACUAUCAUCGUUCGACGUCGGAUUGAGACAAUAUGCAACGAAUCACUUGACAAAGUCGGGAGUUCGGCUUGUGCGAGGCGUUGUGAAAGAGGUGCUUCCGGAGAAGAUUCUUCUGAGCGAUGGAACUUGUGUGCCGUACGGUCUGCUUGUCUGGUCCACCGGAGUUGGGCCCUCCGAGUUUGUCAAAUCGCUUGACCUUCCCAAGUCUCCGGGUGGAAGGAUUGGUGUUGACGAGUGGCUUCGUGUUCCCUCCGUGGAGGAUGUUUUUGCACUCGGGGACUGUGCAGGUUUCCUGGAGCAAACGGGAAGGCCAGUGCUUCCUGCUCUGGCUCAGGUUGCCGAGAGGGAAGGCAAAUAUCUGGCUAAUUUGUUCAAUCAGAUGGGCAAGCAAAAUGGUGGCAGGGCGCACUGUGCCAAAGACAUUCCUCUGGGUGAUCCCUUCGUGUACAGGCACCUAGGAAGCUUGGCGUCUGUCGGGCGCUACAAAGCAUUAGUGGAUCUAAGGCAGAGCAAGGAUGCAAAGGGCAUUUCCAUGGCUGGGUUCGUCAGCUGGUUUAUUUGGCGUUCCGCCUACCUGACUCGUGUGGUAAGCUGGAGGAACAGGUUCUACGUCGCAGUCAACUGGGCUACCACUCUUGUAUUUGGUAGGGAUAACUCCAGAAUAGGUUGACUUGAGGCUGGUAUCGGAGGCGGAAAGACAUGCCGUCGACGCGACUCGACUCGACUCUCCUUUUUCCGGUAGAGCAUAUAUCUUCAGUGUCGUCGCCGCUAUGUUGCUGCUGCCUUAUGAUGAUGAUUCACCACUCCCAGUAUCCGCUGUUUUCUCUUUAGUUAGGGUCGUCGUCGUCUAGUGAUGCCCCACGACAUACAUAUUUAUAUAUUCGUUUA